GGGGCCGGGGGCCGGCAGGCGCAUGUUCCCCACAUUCCAGGUAAAGAUCGAUGGGAUGGACACGGGGGCGGACUAUGCGCUGCUCAUGGACUUUGUGCCCCUGGACGAUAAGCGAUACAGAUACGCCUUUCACAGUUCGGCCUGGCUGGUGGCCGGAAAGGGCGACCCCGCGACCCCUGGGCGAGUUCACUUCCACCCGGACUCGCCGGCCAAGGGCGCGCAGUGGAUGAGGCAGAUCGUGUCCUUCGACAAACUCAAACUGACCAACAACGUGCUGGACGACAACGGCCACAUCAUCCUCAACUCCAUGCACCGCUACCAGCCGCGCUUCCACGUGGUGUUCGUGGACCCGCGCAGGAACAGCGAGCUCUACGCCCACGAGAACUUCAAAUCCUUCGUCUUCGCCGAGACCCAGUUCACUGCGGUGACGGCCUACCAGAACCACCGGAUCACUCAGCUCAAGAUCGCCAGCAACCCCUUCGCCAAGGGCUUUCGAGAUGGGGAGCCCGAGGACUGGACUGGGGCCCCGCGGCCACUCCUGACCACCCUACCCCGGGGCCGAGGACGGGCCGUCCUCUCCCGGCCCGAGGACGAGGGGCGAGAGCCAGAUGAUGGAACUGAGGCACAGAGAAGACGUGGACGGUGACCAGUGCUUCGGGUCCAUGUUUGCGGCCGCCGGCUCCCAAGCUCCGGGCCGGCUCUGUCACCAGCCCCCAGCUGGCCCGGGGACAACCG